AUGAGUUCGAUCGAUCGCGGCAGCUACUAUAGCUCAUACUCAGAGUCUGCCUACUCCACAGCAACAUCUGGCUCCGAGGAGACAUCCUCGGCACCACAUUAUGCACCUGGCGAAAGCACACUGGAUGCGCGGAACAAUCGACUUUCGAUGUUGGAACGCGGCAGUUCAAACGCAGAUUCAGUAGUGAGGGCUACGAAGGAAGACCCGUGCGAGGAAUCCUCCAGUGAUGUUGUGCUACUACGACGCGAGCAACUGGAUCAGACCAACACCAACACAGACCCCACCGAUUCGGUAAGCCACAAAUUUGGGCACCUCAGGACGUCUACGCUGGAUGCCGUGUCCAGACUUGAAACCAUGGACACCUACGAUAGGACCCCGUUCGAUGUUAUGAUCGGGAGAGAGAAGCACAGUGGUGGUACUGAUAGAAAUAAAUGGGAGAAUGAGGCCAUAGAGAUACACAAGUCGAGUGAUAAAAUUCCUAGCAUAAAAGCUCAAGUGGAUUACCAGGACAAGCUGUGGACGCCUAUCGAUAUAUUGGAUGACGUCCACAAGCUCAGCCAAAAGGUGCACGUGAACGGGUCAUUUUUUGAUGCGAAACACGCCCAAAGCCUGGAGGAGCUGAAAAAGAGCCAGAUGAAGCUUCUGUGCGCGAUGGCAGAGGCCGAGAAAAUGAUGAGUGUAAACGAUUAUUACAAGAUCUGGAAACCACAGACACUGGGCAGUUCUGAAGAAAAUCCAAACUCGCGGUCCAAUUCGGCAUCCGUCAAAGGGAGCAGUGAGCCCCAUCGAGCUGAAAACGAUCAGGCCCAGCAGCCGCAGGGCAAAUCAGAAUCUUCUACGCAUCAGCAGGUUCCUGAUUUGAAGGAUUACAAAGAAACUCUGUUCGAAAAUAGUUACUUCUCCGAACUCGGGGAAUUAACAGGAACGGUGCGAAGUAGCUUGCAGGAGGUCAAGCAGUCCAUUAUUCGGAUCGACCAGUUGAGUAAGGGUAUGUGGGACAAGAACACCGAUGAGUCGUAA